UUUUGUUUUGUCGUAGACACUCGCUGUGGAGAAAAUAAACGAGAGAAAAUUGAGAACAGAGAGAAAAUCAAGAACUUUAUGUACAAAAUCAAGAACUGUAUGCACGCUGAUAGUUCAAUUUUCAGCUGGUAGGAUUAGAUCUGUUACUCCCUUUCUUCCCUAAGACUUCUCAAAGGGGAUGAAGCGUUUACGAGAUGAUGUGUAUGCGAACCCUCAAUUUAAACGGCCAUUUGCUCCGGCGUCUCGCGGCGAAUCAAAUGCACCUCCAAAUCCUCCUAUGGGCAGCAGUGGCGGAGGCACAGUGAAUGGUGUCAUUGGUAAUGGAGGUGGUGGUACAAGUGUUGCAGCUGCUGGUACUCAAAAACUUACCACUAAUGAUGCCCUGACGUACUUGAAAGAGGUUAAGGAUAUGUUUCAAGAUCAACGGGAAAAGUAUGAUAGGUUCCUUGAUGUCAUGAAAGAUUUUAAGGCUCAAAGGAUUGAUACCGCUGGUGUCAUAGGUAGAGUGAAAGAGUUGUUUAAAGGGCAUCCUAAUUUAAUUCUUGGAUUCAACACCUUCUUACCUAAGGGGUACGAAAUUACCCUUACCGAAGAGGAUGAGGCUCCACCGAAAAGGACGGUUGAGUUUGAAGAGGCUAUUAGUUUUGUCAACAAGAUCAAGAAACGUUUUCAAAAUGAUGAUCACGUGUAUAAAUCAUUCCUGGACAUUCUGAAUAUGUACCGGAAGGAACACAAGGGCAUAACAGAGGUCUACCAAGAGGUUGCGACGCUUUUUGAAGACCAUCCAGAUCUUCUUGAUGAGUUCACUCGAUUUUUGCCUGAUACCUCAGCUCAAGCAACAGCUGCUCAUGCUUCCCUUGGCCGCCACUCAUUUCACCGUGCUGAUGAAAGAAGUUCGGCCGUGCCUCCUGUAAAGCAUUCUCAAGUGGAUAAGCAACGGUCACGAAGGGACAGGGUUGCCGGGCCCAAUGGAGAACGAGAUCCUAGCGUUGAACGUCAUGAUGAGGAUGAUGAUAAAACAGUUAUGAAGUUGCACAAAGAGCACAAGAAACACACAGAAAGAGAAAAUAGAGAUAAUAGGAGAAGCCAUGAAAAGGAUGAGAGAGAUCAUGACAAUGAUAACAAUGGAGAUGUCAGCAUGCAUCGUUCGUCUGAGAAAAGGAAAUCUGCUAAGAAAGUUGAGGACUUUGGGGGCAACUCUAGUGUAGCUGCCUAUGACGAUAAAGAGGAAUGGAAGAGUAUGUACCGUCAGGAGUUCAUCUUCUGUGAAAAAGUUAAAGAGAGGUUGUGCAAUGCAGAGGAUUACCAGGCAUUCUUGAAAUGCCUUCACAUUUACAGUAAAGAAAUCAUCACAAGAAAGGAGUUGCAAAGUCUGGUUUUUGAUUUACUUGGAAAAUAUCCUGAUCUUAUGGAUGGAUUUAAUGAAUUCUUGGAACGCUGUGAGGGGAUCGAUGCAUUUCUAGCUGGUGUGAUGGGAAAAAAAUCAUUAUGGAGCGAAGGAAAUUCUUCAAAAGCUGCGAGAAUAGAGGAAAAGGAGAAAGAACAAAAGCAUGAAGUGGAAGGAGGUAAAGAGAAGGAAAGAUACAAUUUAAAAUAUUGGGAAAAGUCCAUUCAAGAGCUCGACCUUUCCAAUUGUCAACGUUGCACUCCCAGUUAUAGGCUGCUUCCUAAAGAUUACCCGAUACCUACAGCUAGCCAGAGGUCAGAGCUUGGUGCCCAAGUUCUAAAUGAUCAUUGGGUCUCAGUGACAUCGGGAAGUGAAGAUUACUCUUUUAAACACAUGCGUAGAAACCAGUAUGAAGAAAGCUUGUUUAGAUGUGAAGACGAUAGAUUUGAGCUAGACAUGCUGUUGGAGUCUGUCAGUUCAACUGCCAAGCGGGUAGAGGAACUCUUGAAUGGAAUCAAUAAUAAUACAAUUGGUUCAGAUGGUCCAAUAAAAGUUGAUGAGUAUUUCUCAGCUUUGAACUUAAGAUGCAUAGAACGCUUAUAUGGUGACCAUGGACUUGAUGUGGUGGACAUCUUGCGCAAAAAUGCAUCUCUAGCAUUGCCUGUUAUUCUAAUCCGCCUUAAGCAGAAGCAGGAGGAAUGGACUAAGUGUCGGUUGGAUUUCAACAAAAUCUGGGCUGAAAUAUAUUACAAAAACCAUUACAAGUCUCUUGACCACCGAAGUUUCUACUUCAAGCAGCAAGAUUCAAAGAACUUGAGUGCGAAAGCCUUAGUGGCAGAGAUCAAAGAAAUCAAGGAUAAAAAGCAGAAAGAGGAUGAAGUCCUCCUUAGCAUCGCUGCAGGAAAUAGGCACACCCUCUUUUCGGACCUCGAAUUCGAAUAUCCAGAUGCAGAAAUUCAUGAAGGUAUCUACAAAAUAAUCAAAUACUCUUGUGAGGAGAUAUGCUCGACUAAAGAGCAACUGAACAAAGUGUUGAGGUUCUGGACGGGUUUUCUUGAGCCGAUGCUCGGUGUUCACUCCCGGCCACACGGUCCUCAAUCUAUUGAUGAUAACGAUGCUUCUAAGCAUCGAAUGAUUAAAAAUAUGGCAAUGGAAAGUGAAGAUAGUCCCAGUGCAAAGCCUAACAGCAAUGGUGAUUGUGGUAAAUCACCUCAACGGGCAAGUUUUGGGAGGAUCGGAGUUAAAAAUGUGGACACUUUAGCUAAAGAAGGGCUUAGUGUGACUUCUGAUGCAGGUGGUACUUCACAGUCAGAUGCUAAUCAUGGGCAUGGUCCAAGCUCUUUGAGUGUGAACAAUAGUCACGAGGAAACCAAUGGAGUCAAGCCGAUGGCUGAUGAUACACGCUCCACAGUGGUCACGGAGGCAUCAACACUGAAGAACGAGAAAGAAGAGGGCGAGCUAUCCCCCAACAUCGAUUUUGACGACAACGGGACAGCUCAGCGCCUCAACAGUUGCCCUGACGCAGACGAUGGUGGCAGCGAUAACGCGUCUGAGGGUGACGCCUCAGGUAGCGAGUCGGGGGCCGACGAGUGCUCGAGAGACGAGGAUGAGGAAGAAGGGGAGCACGACGAGGACAAGGCUGAGAGUGAGGGUGAGGCUGAGAACACGAGCGAGGCUGCCCACUGUGUGGGUCCCGAUGGUUGUCCGGCUUCUGGGCCGCAGUCGGAGCGCUUUCUGAUGAACUGUAGGCCUCUGUCAAAGAACGUGGAUUCGUUUGGAGGUGGUGGCAAGAGAAGGGAGGGACGGGUUUUUUAUGGGAAUGAUGCAUUCUACGUUGUUUUUAGGCUGCAUCAGGCACUGUAUGAGAGAAUAUUGUCAGCUAAGGUGAAUUUGGCAUCCAGUGAAUCCAAAUGGAGAAUAACAAAGGAUGAAAGUUUUGAUCCUUAUGCCAGGUUCAUGAGUGCACUAUUUAGUUUACUCGAUGGAUCUUCUGACAAUUCAAAAUUUGAAGAUGAUUGUCGAUCACUCAUUGGGAACCAGUCUUACGUUCUAUUUACGUUAGAUAAGUUGAUUUAUAAGCUCGUCAAACAGCUCCAAACUGUUUCAAGUGACGAAAUGGACUGUAAGCUUCUUCAAUUGUAUGAAUAUGAGUAUUCUAGGAAGCCGGAAAAGCGUGUGGACUCAGUUUAUUAUGAAAAUGUCCAUGUCCUUCUGCACGAUGAGAACAUAUACCGGCUGGAAUGUACAUCUUCGCCCACCCGCUUAACGAUGCAAUUAAUCAGUGAUGGAAAUGACAAGUCUGAAACUGUUACAGUCUCCAUAGAUCCUAACUUUGCGUCCUAUCUCCACAAUGAUUAUCUAUCAGUCGAUCAUAGGAAAAAAGAGUCGUCUAAAAUAAUGUUGAAGAGGAAUUUGCGAAAGUAUGCUAAUGUUGAUGAAUCUAAUGCCCUGUAUAUGGCUACAGAAAAUGCUCUUAUAAUGAAUGGGUUGGAAUGCAAGAUGUCGGCCUCCACAUUGAAGAUGGUCCGCCAUAGUAUUGUGUUCUUUUUGUCUUUAUUCUAUUGUCCUGAUCACGAAAACAUGUAUCAGAUCUCAUAUGUCCUAGACACAGAAGACUACUUCUUUCGUUUGGGAAGGAGAAGGGAAAAUAGGCCAGCUGGAAAGUUAUCGAGCAAUGGUCAGCGCAAAGUGCGAAAGUUUCACCAGUUCUUGGCAGCGUGCCCCUUUGACCCAGUCAGGUUUCUUGUAAGUCUCUGGCAGACAUUCUCUGCUGGAUACUAUGGCGCCACACAAACCGACGAGGAAGAUGAAGUCAUUGAUUUCUUCUUUGCUGCCGUUCACGAAUCUCGCCGGGUCCCUUUCUCGGUGGCUGCGGAGAAACACUGCCCAACCCCUUCGCCGUCGUCCCCAUCGCCAACCUCUACGCCGCCGCAAAAUGUCAAAAAAAUCGCGACGACGGCGUCGUUCUCGUCGACGGUGAUACUCUUAUCGAUCUCGGUUCUCUCCGUCCUCUUCAUCCUGAACUCGUUAAUCUCCCUACACGAUGCCGUGGGGUCCCGCGACACCGUCGGCUUCGCCCUCCAGCUCCAGGUAAUCGCGGUCGCGUCGCUCUUUCUCCUCUACUCCGUGUUGGGCGUUCUCGUCUCCAUCUCGGACUCCUUCCGAUUCCCUCUCCAAUUACUCAACCUGAUCUACGCGUUCGCAUUCGGCGAGGAGUUUCUGUUGUUCUACACGCAGAACAAGGAUCCAAGCGGGAUCGAGAACCGCUACUACGACCUCAUCCUGGUCCCCGUAUCCAUAUGCCUCUUUUCCACUCUCCUUGAGCUCAAAAACCCUAAUUCCACUUACCCGAGGCUGGCCCGCGGGCUUGGAAUGGCCCUACAGGGCGUGUGGACUCUGCAGAUGGGCUUCUCCUUUUACUCCAAUUUGAUGGCCAAUGGAUGUUCCUUGCACCAGAGGAGCAGGGGCAAUUUUACCAUCAAGUGCAAGGGGCACCCUGAGUACCAUCGUGGGCGUGCAAUUGCCACAUUGCAGUUCAACUGUUAUUUGGCUCUAUUUGUGACGUUGGCUGUAGGUUUGUACUCUGUGCUUUAUAAGAAGUACGGUGCUGGGCAGGAUUUUAUGCCGUAUAAGCCACUUGGGGUUCAGAUGGACGGGCAAUCUCAGUUCACUUUGGAUAGUGAUGAUGAGGACGAUCAGGAUGUGGUGAAGGAUCAUAGGAGUUUGGAGAUGCAGAGUGCGAUUCACGAGCCAACGGUUAAUGGUUAUGGUUCACAUGUCUGA